GCGGGGACGCCGCUCGGCUGCACCAGCGCCGCCGCCGCGGAAGAAGCGGAGGAGCUGUGCAGCUGUGGCCUGCAGGCCUCCCGCUCUCGUCGCCUCCGGAGGCUGAGGCCUGCUCGCGGCCCGCUCUGAGGCUCCGGAUGCAGGCAGCGGCUCGCUCCGGGGCCUCGGCCGCGCCGUGUGAGCACGGUCGGGGCUGCCCGACUUCCUCGGCUGGCGGGAGGCAAGAAGGGGAACGGGCCAGCGGUAACGCGAUCUGCGGCGGCUUCGCAAUGGCUUCAGGAACAGCACUGAUUUACGAUGAGAAAAUGACCACUCAUAAACUGCUUUGGAGUGAUCCUGUGUGUGAUAUUGAAGUUCCAGAAAGACUGUCAUCCUCCUAUGAGCAGCUUAAAUGUUAUCAUCUUGUGGAAAGAUGUGUCCAUGUGCCUGCCAGAGAAGGAAGUGAGGAAGAGAUCCUGCUGGUUCACAGUUCAGAACACUUGGAAGUGGCUAAAAGCACCCAGACAAUGAAUGAAGAGGAACUGAAAAGAGUCUCUGGAAAUUAUGACGCUUUUUUCUUUCAUCCGAACACUUACCACUGUGCCAGGCUAGCAGUAGGAGCAGCUUUGCAGCUGGUGGAUGCUGUGAUGUCAGGAAAAGUGUGCAAUGGAAUGGCAUUAGUGAGACCUCCAGGUCACCACAGCCAGAGAAAUGCAGCUAAUGGGUUCUGUUUGUUCAACAAUGUUGCUAUUGCAGCAGAAUAUGCCAAACUGAAAUAUGGUCUACAAAGAAUCCUAAUCGUUGACUGGGAUGUGCACCAUGGGCAAGGAACUCAAUACAUUUUUGAAGAAGAUCCAAGUGUUUUGUAUUUUUCCUGGCAUCGCUAUGAACAUCAGGAAUUCUGGCCAUCACUCAAAGAAUCUGAUUAUGAUGCUGUGGGUCUGGGAAAAGGAAAAGGUUUUAACAUAAAUUUGCCUUGGAAUAAGAUUGGGAUGGAAAAUUCAGAUUAUCUUGCUGCGUUUUUCCAUGUACUGCUUCCAGUGGCUUUUGAGUUUGAUCCCCAGCUGGUCCUAGUCUCCUCUGGAUAUGAUUCUGGAAUUGGAGACCCUGAAGGUCAGAUGAAUGCCACUCCUGAGGUUUUUGCCCACCUUACCCAAUUCCUGAAGCAGUUGGCUAACGGAAAGCUGUGCAUCAUCCUAGAGGGUGGAUACCACUUAAAGUCGUUGUCUGAAUCAGUCUGCAUGACUGUAAAAACUUUGCUUGGAGAUCCUAUACCUCAAAUAACCGGAGAAAUGGCACCUUGCCUAAGUGCUGUUGAAUCUAUUCAAAAUGUGAGAGCAGCACAUAAACCCUACUGGAAAUGGUUGAUGUAUGAAGAUACAUCAUUUUUACAAAACUUGAGUACCAAAUCGCACUCACUGAAGACGGCUAGUCCAAGGCCCUCCACAGAGCAUGACUCUAAGAUAACUAACAUCAAUGAAACUGACGAAAUAGAAAAGUUUUUGGAAAUGCACAUGACAAAUGUUCUAUUUCCAGUGCCUCCUAUCAAAACAGCAACAACUGACUCUAAAGGUUCAGCAUAUUUACUCCCUGUUCACUUGGUGAAAGAAAUAGACAAAACUGAAGUGAAAGUUCUUGUCAGUGCCUUUUAUGCAGACCUUGUGAAAGAGGAUGAAACUUUGCUCUCUCUUGGCAGUAUGUUGGCAGUCUUAGAUAAAAUACUUAAAAAGGAGCAUGCAUUUUUCUGGUGCAGUUUGCCUACUGGCACACUGAAUGUAUCCAAUCUGCAGAUGAACAAAAGAACCAGUGAAGAUGACCUUCCCCUGCAAAAACUAUUUUUACAGUUGUCUUAUAGCACACAGCCACAGGUAUGCAAUGGGAUUACAGAAUCACCCACAGCUGCUGUUGCUGUUGCACUAAGACAUUCUAUUAAUUUUGGACUUCAAAGAGUGCUUUGUGUAUUUGUUGGAGAUAUGCAAAUAGUACCAAACACAGAAGAUGGAAAAAUACUAAUUAUACAUAUUUGUGAGAAAAAACAGGAUGGAAAAAACAACUCCAAAUACUAUAUUUCUUUAAACUGGAAAGAGGAUGCUGAAGGAAAUGACUUCUUUUCUGCGGUACUUGGAUUCAUUCUUCCUGUAGCAUAUAGUUACCAGCCUAACUUGACAGUAAUAGCUGUUGGACCAAAGAGGAGCCUCGGAGUACAUGGGAUUUCUCUACUUUUUGCUUUACUACAAGGAUUAGCUGAGUCUCGAAUUUUUGCAUUAAUUGAAGACUCAGAGAUAAAUUUAAUGCAAAGUGUAGCCAAAAUACUAGCUGGUGCUUCCUCACCUCAUUUUGGAGUUUAUGUACCUCCUACCCAAGAGAAAGUAAAUGAAAUAAAAAUAUUAAGAGACCAGUUUCAGAAGGAAUGGAAAAUGCUUCAGUGCUCAGUGAAGGAUGGGAUUUCAAGACACUGAAUUCACUUCAGAAUCAUUUUACACAGCAGAAGAAAAAGAGAAUGUGUUGCUGUUCAUGUUGUCUUUUAAGUCAUCAGGAAAAGAGGUGGUGAAUCCUGUAAAUAUAAUAAGCACCAUUUACAAUUGUUUCUUGUUUUGUAAAUACUUAAACUUUGUAUUUUCAGCUAGAGAAUUGUGCUUCCAAAUCUUAUAUUGGCAUUAAUUAUGCCAGACUGAAACCUGAAAACAAUUCCUAUACCUCAUUACUGCAAACUGGAGCCUGGGGCAUUGUAAAAUCAGGUAUAUGCACUUGACUACAUCAAUGUUAAAGAAUCCCAAAAGUCAGGUAUCAGAGCAAUCAUAAUAGUCAAAAACAUUUUAAUACUCAAUGUAAUACCAGGGUGCUUGUACUGCCGCCACCACCCCUCCUUCUUUGAGAUUUUAAGCUUAAGAGAUUGUUCAGAUUAAUUUAAUUUCACAAUCAGAUUUAAAGGAUUCACUUGAUGUGGUCUGUCACUUUAUUUUUUCUAAUGAGUUAACUGUCAAUUGCAAGAAGAAACGAAAGCAACUGAACAGCAAUAGUGUAUGCAUUUCCUGCAUCACACCUGUGCUUUCAUUUCCUCAACAUGAGAGAGGAAAAAACAAAACAAACUAACAGUUGCAUAUGUAAAAUUACAAAUAAGGAGUAAAGCAGUGUAAAGUUGAUUUAACCAUGCCCUCAUUUCAGAUGUAAAUUUUCUAUAUAACAUAUAAAAAACCCUAAACCCCAGAGACUUGGUAGUAGCCUAAGGCUAAAAUCAUGGGAAUUCUCUUAAAUACCCCAAGGCAGUGCAGUACCCAUAAGAGUGUGCCUUGUUUCACAGCAUUCCACGAUUUCAAGAGCACAUUUCUGUGGUUUUCACUUCAGUACUGUGACCUUGUGAUUUCAAGCACUUUCUAGUGGUGUUGCUGCUGGAUCAACUUUACAUGAUUUGAAUAUUCAAUCUGUCUUCAUAGGUCUCUUUGUAACUGUUCCCUGUGCUUCUCAUACUGGUUUUUAAUUAUUGCUGGAUGGAAAAUGAUAUUCAAGGAUUUUUAGGUUUGGGGUUUUUUUGACAAUUCAGCAUUUUUAAUGAAAACGGUUUUUCUCAGAAUUGUUGUGGUUUGAAUGUAUUUUUGUAAGAGCUUCAUCAAAAGUAUUAAAACAGUGAUUAAGAAAACGCCUAGUCAUUAAAAUUAGUUUGAAGUUAUUGGCAGCAAACUGA